AUGGAUUCCAUACGCAUCGCCAAAGUAGAACGGGUGCAAUAUAAUAAAGGACCGAUACGCGUCGAAGGCACUCUUCACUUGACGGCCCACCAUCUCAUAUUCAAGUAUGAAGGGGGGAAUGGAGAGCAGGAAGUAUGGAUACCUUACCCUCUAAUCUCCACCGUGACACGCCUCCCUCUGUCCCUGUAUGGCCAAUCUCCUCUGGCAUUCGGAUCGAGAAACUUCGAAUACUUCACUUUUGUUUUUACAAAAGAGAAGGAUGCAAUGGAUGUCUUCGAGAGCGUGAAAGAGCUCACCGUCUCCCCUUCAGUGACAAGUCUUUAUGCAUAUUUUUAUCAACCAAAUCCACCACUCAGCAGCAACGAUGGGUGGUUUAUCUAUAACUCUCGUCAGGAGUUUACUAGAAUGGGCAUAGGAUCGAGGACCAAGGCUUGGCGCUUCACAGACAUCAACAAGGAUUACACAUUUUGCCCCACAUAUCCAUCUUUGCUUGUGGUUCCGGCCAAGAUUAGCGACACAGUGCUCACUUACGGUGGCAAGUACCGCAGCAAAGCGCGAAUUCCGGCUGCCUCAAUAACACGAUCCAGCCAACCUGCUGUUGGUUUAACAAACAACCGAUCAAUACAAGAUGAAAAGCUUAUUGAGGCCAUCUUCCAAUCCCAUCACUUGGUUGCCUCCCCUUUUGCAACUAUUCCCCAGCGUUCGACAGUAUUUGGCGCGACGGCGACCAAUCUUAUUAUCGACGCUAGGUCUGGUACAAGUGGAGUCGCCAAUGUGGUACGGGGUGGCGGAACAGAGAACAUGGAUUAUUAUAGGGAAGGGAGGAAAGCUUACCUCGGAGUGGAGAAUAUUCACGUUAUGCGGGAUUCGCUUGCCAAAGUGGUGGAUGUGCUUCGUGAAGGUGAUACGUCAGCACCAAUACCUGGCACGAGCGAACGGAGCGAUGAUAGACGCAUUGGGGUUCUAGAUCGCCAAGGCCUCAGGAGGUCAGGAUGGCUAAAGCACAUUUCGGCUCUUUUGGAAGGCGCAGUCAUUAUCAUCAAAAAUGUCCACAUCAAUUCAUCACAUGUACUCAUUCAUUGCUCCGAUGGAUGGGACCGGACGGCCCAACUUUCAAGCCUUUCUCAGCUUUGUUUAGACCCAUACUACCGUACGUAUCGCGGUUUCCAAGUCCUCAUUGAGAAGGAUUGGGUGUCUUUCGGUCAUCGUUUCCUGGAUCGAUGCGGCCAUCUCUCAUCAGAGAAGUUCUUCUUGACACUCAACAAUGACGGGGAUGGGCCACAAACCUUCCUUGCAUCCGUCCAGAACAAGUUCGUCUCCCCAUCGCAUCUGAAGGAGACGAGUCCCGUGUUCCACCAAUUCUUGGAAUGCGUUCGACAAAUCCAGCGCCAAUAUCCAAAGAGAUUCGAAUUCAACGAGCGUUUCUUGGAGAGAUUGCAUUAUCAUGUUUACUCAUGUCAGUUUGGAACGUUCUUGUUCAACAAUGAACGUGACAGACGGUUUUCUGUUGACGGAGCAUCGAAACCUGCCAUCGCCUGUACACAAUCCGUCUGGGACUUCCUGAAUUCCGAGUCCGAGAAGAGUUCAUUCCUGAACCCUGAUUAUGACUCGUCUCUGGACUCCAAAGAUGACCGCUCCUCGGACAUGGGAGUUCUCAUUCCGAAUCCCAAGGAUGUGCGGUUUUGGCACGAACUGUACGGGCGAACUGAUGAAGAGAUGAAUGGACGCAGUGUCGAUGUUCAGACAGCUGGAGCGGAGGCGCCAGAUUCCGUUGACGAGGAUACGGAUGGUCCUGCAAUAAACCUCAGUUCGACCUUGCCCUCGACGGAUACGCAAGAGUUAUCGAGACCUUUUCUUCUGCAGCGACAAGCAUCCUUUCUACCUCCCGCACCCCGAUCGCCCUCUCCUCGGCCCCCCUCUAAUACAUAUAUUCCACCACUAACCAGCUCUUCAACAUCGGUAACUAGCCAGGCGUUAGAAUCUCGGUCCACCACCCCUCCAACUUUCCCGAGUCCUUCCUCUCCUUCUGCAAUUCGAAGGCAGCAAACUGGAGCGUUCGGACUUCCGACAGGAGGUAUGAAGUCCAUGUGGGCACAGUUCUCGUCUAAUGCCAGUGCCGCAUUCUCUGCCGUACAGGAGGCUUACGACGGAGCCGCGAAGGAACUGUUAGGUGGUGGGGAGCCUCUUCGGGAAAGGGGCAGGACCAGGACGGAGGACUCAGAGCGGGGGACUACAGGAAGCGACGACGACCAAAGACAACCAACAUCGUCCUGA